AGCCUGCAUUUUUAUACAUAAAGUAUCACAAUUACUCUGAUAGCAAAGCCUGCGGAGAUAGAUUUUGAACAGAGCCUGUUAUCAAUUUUUGAUUGCAAAAAGACACCAAAUUGUAUACAAAAUUUGUAUUAUCUGACACUGUCAGCAAAUUGCUGCCAGAAAUGUAACAAAGCCUGCUAGACAUGCUAUGCCAGCAGAUUGAUAGCAGAAACCGAGCAAAGUCUUGCAUAAUCUGACGGCAGAUUGAGAGCAGACUCUGCUCGGUUUCUGCCACCAAUUUGCUGGCAUAGCCUGUCAACAGGCUUUGUCGACAAAUCCAAAUGCGGGCACAGAUGGUUGUAGUCAAAAUCUGAUAAAGUUUGCUGCCAAUUUGGCCCCAAAUUGCUAACAUUUUACUAUCAGGGUAUGAAUAUACCACCACCAGGAGAUCGAUUCAGUAACUUCAAACAAAGUGAAAAUUACAAGUGAGCAAAUUUACUAGAUGUUGACCAAUGAAAUUAUUAGUAUUCUAGUAAAUUCGCUCACUUUUGUGAUUUUCAUCUCGUUUCAAGAUGCAGAAUCGAUCCUCAGCAGCGGCGAUGUUUCGAGAAUGUUUCGUGCGCAUUCGAGGCUCAAAAAAGAUGGCAGGACAAUCAAUGUUGGAUCUUUACUUAACUUAACCUCUAGUGAGUUGAGUAUCCGCUAGGUACGGGUCGAAUCGAAUUGCUCUGUUCCGUGGAUCUGUGGAUCCGUGUUCGCGUAAAGCGUGGCGUGACGGAAUUUGGAAUUUGGAACUCGGAAGAGUGAGGAAAGGAGGGAUCAACGUGAUGGAGUGACGAACGGAUGUGUUUAUAAUAUUUAAAUUGUACGAGAUAAUUGGAUGCGAAAAGGAAAUUUAAAUGUUUACGAAUGCGAUAAGGAACAUCAGUUUGCGAGAACGAUCAGCUUGAUCGGCAAGUACGCGCAAGCGCCAAUACGCCACAUUCUAAUUGCUUCAUUAUCACUUGUACCCUACUCUAUACAACGUAACAACUGUCGCCAUAAUUAAUAUUUUAACGAUAGAAAUAUUAACAGCAGCUUAGAGAGCGCGUGUAUCCUCUCGAUCGAAAGAUCGAUCCGAGAGAUUUAGGCGACGCUGGAUCUGGACGUGGAGUAGGUAUGUAGUGACGAGUGAUGAGUGCGUUGAAGCACGCGUUGUCAUUGUCGUCCAAUCGAAGCCAAUCUACCAAUCUGCCAAUCCGCAAUCGAAGCUGAUCGAAGCUGAUCGAAGCGUCGCGCAUCCAACUUUCCGAAUGAGUGACGUUGAGUGGUAUCACUCGUAACACGUUACGGCCAGCAGUCGAGGCGGCGGCCUCCGACUCGAAGUCAUUUACCGAUGGUGUGGCCACCAUCGUAAUGGCGUGUCAGACGGCUAUAUGUAUGUACCGUUAGUUUGAAUCUAUUCCCGUUGGUCGGCUCGAGCGACAUCCACGCUCACAGCUCACGUACCUACCGACCGAGGAGGGCUGAGCCAUAUUCGAUCGCGGUUGGUCGUCGUAAACCCGGAAACGAAGCGUGUGUGCGCGUCUCCGUUCGGCGAGAGCGUCGAAAGCUCAAGUGUGCGUUCAAGAGAGACAGAGAUAGAGAGAGAGAGUGCGAGUGCGAAUUUAUCGCGGAGUCACUCUCGAGCUCUCCUCGAACUUCCGUUAGAGACGUGCGCGCGUCCAUCCUGACGUCUCUCUACGCAUAUGUAUGACGUGUGCAUCGCAGCGACAGCCGCGGCGAUACGUCGGUCGGCGUGUUCACGUUGAAAUGAGAAAGUUGUUGCCGUUGCGCUGAGGAUUGGGAACGACGACGCACGCGAACCAGCCAGACGGACAAUUCCCGUACUAAGCGGACGUACGGAGACCGAAGGCAGCGACAGUAACAGCGGUACAUUGAGUCGAGUGUGCACGGAGAGUCGUUUGGUCGUUGCUCGUCUACCUGCCUGUACUUACGAGUGUAAUCGUCAGAAUUUCAAAAAAUGAAUUUCACGCCUUUUCCUGGAUUUACUGGCUCGUUGCCGACCGGCACUGUUCAUCAAUUCGCCACAGCGAAAUUCGCGCAGAAUCUUACCACUGGAGGACAGGUGGUCGGAGUUUUAUCUGGUGGUGAAGGUGGAGUUCAUUAUUUAAGACCAGUCGAUCCAAAUGGCUUUGCUGUAGCUCAGAGUGGUAAUAGUCAACAGCAACAAAUUAUUACUUUGCCUAUCACUGUUCCGGGAAAGGAUGGUACGCAGCAACAGCAGACUGUUCAAAUACAAGUGGUCAAUCCUAGCGUGUCUCAAAGCGGAAAUAGCGGCGAUCAGCCAAAGUAUCACUUGGCACCGAUAUCCCUGAGUCAGUUUCCACAAGGAGCAGCUACCGUUCUCACUGUUGCCUAUAGUCAGCAAGGCGCGGAUGGUGUUCAAAUUCAAGUACAACCGCAAAACACCGUAGCGACUACACAAACGUCUGAUCAAACGACACAAAGUACGUCUACUGCUGUGACCACUACGUCUCAACAGACUAUUCAACAGACAGUACAACUUCCGGGAGCACCCGAAGGUCUGACUGUAGUUGCCCAGAUUCCUCAAGACUUAAUUCUACGAGAGAGCAUAGAGGAGUCUAAGGAGGAUGUUAAGGAAGGUACGACACCUGUGGCUCUUAUUAAACGAGGUAGUGUCAAGAGUCAAGGUAAUCAGAGUGGGGAAGAAUUCAUUACUUCUAUGCCUGCCAGUUGGCAGAGUCUCGCUACACCAGGAUCCACGGUCGCAGAUUAUCUCUCCAGACUGCCAACAAGUACUUUGCCUCUUAGUUUGCAACAUUUUCUCAAGUUUUCGGCGGAAACUAUUAAAAGGGAAGCUACCAUUGAAUCUAGUCCGCUCGGACCGGAUGGUCUCGAUGCUUCCGGAAGUACAGCUUCGGGAGAGCAAGCUGUGCAGAUUACAGUCGCCGGAGGAGAAACGGCCAUCAUUCCUGACGUUGUCGAAGAACAGGAGCCAGGAGCGAAACCUAAGCGGAAAAAAAAAUACAAAAAGAAACCACCGAAACCGAAGAAACCAAAACCAGGACAAGUGAGUAUAGUCACUGCUCUCGAUGGUACGACCCUAUUUUGCUGCCCUCAAUGUAAUAUGGCGUAUCCGGAGAAGGAAAGUUUAGAACAGCAUUUGAUUGGACAUAAAAUAGAGAGGAGAUUUAUAUGCGACAUUUGCGGCGCUGGUCUUAAACGAAAGGAACAUUUGGAACGGCACAAAUUAGGCCAUAAUCCUGAUAGGCCUUUCAUCUGUUCCGUUUGUAUGAAGGGCUUUAAACGAAAAGAGCACUUGAAUCUUCAUUUUGUUAUACAUUCUGGGCAAAAGACCGAAGUUUGCACCGAAUGCGGCAAAGCAUUCUAUCGGAAAGAUCACCUUAGAAAGCACGCGAGAUCUCAUCUUACUAAGCGUGCCAAAGAGGAUCCAUUGAAUACGACGAACGAUACGACGCAGAAUCAACAACAGACGGACCAACAACAAGUGGAACAAAUACAACAAUCGUCGGUACCCGAAUUGCAGCAAAUUCAGAUUCAAGUAGGACAAGGAUCCCAAGCGCAGAUUCACCAGAUAUCGGUUAACGAACAAUCUACCGUAGUUUUGCCUACAGCGGCUGAAACUGGAGCUAUGACAAUGCUUCAUCAUCAGCAACAGCAGCAGCAGCAACAGCAGCAGCAGCAGUCGCAGCAGUCACAGCAACAACAAUCGCAACAGUCGCAACAGCCGCAGCAACAGCCACAACAGCAGCAGCAGCAACAACAGCAACAGCAUUAGCAACAGCAUACCGCCCCAAAUCAACUUGGGCGAAUCUCGGCAUUCUCGGCGUCUCCCUACCUACCGCUCUCUUUCUCUGAUUGUCUUUCUCUGGCGUAUCCUCACGUGCGAGAAGAAUCUGCACUCUCCCCUCGCACUCUCGUCUCUGUCACAGGGAUUUCCUCCAAAGAAAGAAGAGGUGCGAAGAAAGGAUCCGAUACGGCGAGGAAACAUGGGGAGAGGGACAUCGUUAUACACGAAUUCUGCUUACGGUCUGCAAUGAAUUUCCCACCGUUCGGAGGUCAUUUCCCUAGCACCAUACCGAGUAUCCAUCAAUUUGCAACCGAUAGUUCCAGUGGUGCAGGCGCGCGUUACGCCAAUCAUUUUCCCAACCAGCCUCCAAUCGGAGUGCCGGUUGUGGGAAAAUACCGUCCCGAGAACAACGGCGUACAGUCGGCUCAAUCGCAAGUAAUGAUGAACAAUAAAGCUAGUUAUCCCAACAGUUCUAAUGUUCAUCAUUAUCCGAAUGUGCCGUACACUCAAGCUCAAUCGGUUCAACAACGACCAACCAACUCGCCUGGAAUGCAAGAGAAACGAUCGUAUCAUCAGCAAUCUACGGAAACUAUAAAUCAACAAGAUGUUUGCAACCUUCUUCAAGACAAGGACAAGAGCAAGGAAAAGAAGGCUGAGGAGCAACAGCGGAAUGGAGAGACUACGACGAAUGGCACUCAACAGGAUUAUACGAUGCACCAACAUCAACAACACGCUCAUACUCAGACGCCAGCUACUAUGCCCGCAACGUGGCAGUCGCUCGCGACUCCCGGUUCCACUGUAGCUGAUUAUCUCAGCCAUUUACCAGCCAGCACUUUGCCAUUGAGUUUACAUCAUUUUCUCAAGUAUUCUGCCGAAAGUAUCAAAAAAGAAUCAGAAAUGGCGCAAACAACCUCAGUGGCUGUGGCGACUACAACAACGCCCAAUAUAAUGAUGUCACCGAAUAAUAAAAAGAAGAAAAAGAAGAAGACGCCGAAGGAGAAGAAACCACGUCCGAAACCUGGCGAAAUUCGUUUAACGACAGCAUUAGAUGGUUCGACAUUAUAUUGUUGUCCAGAAUGUCAUAUGGCAUAUCCAGAACGAGAAUUGUUAGAGCAGCAUCUUUUAGGUCACACUUUAGAGAGAAGAUUUGUUUGUGACAUAUGCGGCGCUGGUUUGAAACGAAAAGACCAUCUUACGCGUCAUAAACAGAGCCAUAAUCCUGAGCGACCUUACGUUUGCACCGUUUGCUUGAAAGCUUUUAAAAGAAAGGAACAAUUAACACUACAUUUUGUAAUACAUUCUGGGGAAAAGCGACACGUGUGCACUGAAUGUGGCAAAGGAUUUUAUCGGAAGGAUCAUUUACGGAAACAUACCAGAAGUCACAUUGCGAGAAGAGUGAAGGCUGAAUUAAGUCAAAACGCUGGUACGCAACAGAAUCAACAACAAAAUAACGUUUCGAAUAUGCAAACCACAACUGUCUCAGCAUCCGUUCUUCCGGGUGGACAUCCGGGUUCUCUCCUGUCCUGAGCCCCGCCACCAGGGAACUUUCAGGUUCCCCAUCCAAAUAAUAUUCUUCAUACUCAUACAUCGCAUCAUUCGCUACAUCAUCAUCAUCAUCUAACGGCAGUAAAUGUAGCACAUCAAUCAACCGUCACACCACUCGCUACGUCUGGUCAUUAUCAGUCACAUGAGCUUAACUUUUUGGGCCACGUUAAAGAUUUCUGAGACGAGGAGAGAACCUCGAUGAAGAGGUAACACCAAGAUGCUAAUCAAUUGUCACUAUCAUCGCCAACGACGAUAAUAAUUAGCUCCGAGACUGACUCAUGAUUUGAAUUGAAUGAAUGAAUUUUAUAAAUGUGUAUUUACAUUAUUUGUGCUUCUAAUUUCCUCCUCGUUUUGUCUUGUCAAUAUAAUAGGGAAGGGGAGGAAAGUGAUGUCUCAUUCCUUCUUCAAAUCUUAAUUUAUUUUUAAAUAGACAACUUGUUAUAUUUGUCAUGUAAUUUUCAUUGCCAGUAAUGUUCCCACCACAAUAAUAAUGCUAUACAUCAAGAGACAUGAUAAUAUUU